GAGGCCGCACAUUGGGUGGAAGUGACAUCUACAGACGGCGCCCCGGAGACUGAGAAAGGGCUGUCAGCCCUUGCGCAGGUCUCCCACGACCUCGUGGCCACCUACGCUCUGCAGCAGGAGGAAAUCCUUCACCUGCAGCAGACAGUGGACCAGAUGUUCGCACGGCUGCAGGCGUUGGAGAAACAGCCAGGUGCUGUAGCAGCCGCAGGGCCUUCCACCCUUACCACCAGUGUGCAAGUUUUGGAGGAUGACGUCAGCAAUAUCAAGCGUGUGCAUCAGGACUUCCGGACGUCGCAGCAAGCAACGAAAUUGCAGUUGGAGACGCAGGUCCAGGCUGCUGCCACCGUGACGCCCGCCGCCACACCACCCAAGCUGGAUGACAUUCCCGUUUUCUGCGAUCAGUCCAAGACGGAACUGAUCCCGUGGUGGCGCCAGUUUACUCUCAGGCUCGACAUGCACCAUGUCCCGAACAACGAUCGACAUCCGUGCUUGYACCACCGAUCUGGUGGUGCGUGUCAAGCAUGGUUGGACAACAUCUUGACCAGCCACGGCGUAGCAGUGUCGGAACUGCGCACCAAGCUCACUUGGCAGGAGUUGACCGACGCCUGGCACAAGCGAUUCCAAGUGGAGCCSCCCGACCUGCAAGCGAUGGACAAGCUCAACAAGCUCCAUCAGAACACGCUGCUCAGUCAGGACUGGAUUACCGAGUUCCAAAGACUCGCCUCCACACCUGACCUACCGCUUGCUUUCCGCGCCAUUAAGCACUUGUUUAUCAUGCGCUCGUGUCCAGCUCUGCAAAAUGCGCUGACGCAGAUUGCAGAGACACUCGACACAUCCGACAAGCUUUUCAGCACCUCGUCACGGAUCAUUCUCACGAAUAUCGAAGCCCGCAACGCCGGCCGAUCUUCCGCGACGACGAGCGGCACCCAGGCCAAGUGGCUUGCAUUACUUCUACCGAGGCUGCAACACCAAACGAGGGUGAAGUGUUCGCAGCUGCCUGGGAUGGUGGCCGGCCGCGCAACAAUCACGGUCGUGACAAGACGAAGACUCAGUCCACCUCUGCACCGGAUCAGCCGCCGACGAACCUUGGGCACAAUACGGACUCUCGGCAAAUUCUUAUCGCACGAGACUCAAGUACCGUUACUGCCUUUGGUGCAACAGCACCAUCCACGAUGCUGCACAUUGCCCCACCAAGGGGAAACCCCGUCAGGGAAAGUAGGCGCCGCCGAGGGUGACUCGACACCUCCCUCGACGCCAUCGGAAGCGGUUGUGCGCACGACCGCCCUUUGUUCCGAGGCAUAUGCGGAUGUCGGGAGUCUUCCACUUUCGUUCGAAGACUUCGCUGCCCGGCUCGUUCUUUCACUGGAUGCUUCUCAAGGACAAGAUACAUGUGCGGUUUUCUCACCGUCCGAAGGUUCUUCCGCCAGUUCGUCUUCAUCAAGGGAUUCGGCAAGCAUGUUCAACGAGGAGGCUUUGGACCCGCUCACACCCGAGGACUUCGCUUGGAUUCCUCUCCCUACAACGGGCAACCUUCCGGGACCGCAAAGUGCACCCCUAUGCGCCCUCUUACACAAGUAUCUUUCCUUUCAUGCACCACCAACUUCACCGACGGUAAACGAAGUCGCGGUGGGGGACAUGCUUGGCUACGUUGCCAAGGUGGCCCGCGAGUUUGUCUCGCAAAGUUACGAAGAAAACAAUGCACCAUUGCUCUACGUUCGCAUUCAGAUUGGGUAAGCGGCCUGCAAUGCUUUGCUAGAUUGCG